GGCCCGGGGAGCCUCCAGGCGGAGAGGCUCCCGCCCGCCCGGAGCAGCGGCCUCCGCAUGGAGGGGCCGCUGGCUCCUCUAGCGGGGUCGGGGCUACUCCCGCUGCCGCUGCAGGGAGGGGGAGCCGCCGCUGUUCCGGAGCCCGGAGCCCGGCAACACCCCGGACAUGAGACGGCGGCGCAGCGGUACAGCGCCCGUCUGCUGCAGGCCGGCUACGAGCCCGAGAGCAGCAUGGCGGACUACCUGAUCAGCGGCGGCACCGGCUACGUGCCCGAGGAUGGACUCACCGCGCAGCAGCUCUUCGCCAACGCCGACGGCCUCACCUACAACGACUUCCUGAUUCUCCCAGGAUUCAUAGACUUCAUAGCUGAUGAGGUGGACCUGACUUCAGCCCUGACUCGGAAGAUCACCCUGAAGACACCGCUGAUCUCCUCCCCAAUGGACACUGUGACAGAAGCUGACAUGGCCAUUGCGAUGGCUCUGAUGGGCGGUAUUGGUUUCAUUCACCACAACUGCACCCCGGAGUUCCAGGCCAAUGAGGUGCGGAAGGUCAAGAAAUUUGAACAGGGAUUCAUCACAGACCCCGUAGUGCUAAGCCCCUCACACACUGUGGGCGACGUGUUGGAGGCCAAGAUCCGGCAUGGCUUUUCGGGCAUCCCUAUCACUGAGACAGGCACCAUGGGCAGCAAGCUGGUGGGCAUCGUAACCUCCCGAGACAUUGACUUUCUUGCCGAGAAGGACCACACCACCCUGCUUAGUGAGGUGAUGACUACGCGGAAUGAGCUGGUGGUGGCUCCAGCGGGUGUGACAUUGAAAGAGGCAAAUGAGAUCCUGCAACGCAGCAAGAAAGGGAAGCUGCCCAUUGUCAAUGAUCGUGAUGAGCUCGUGGCCAUCAUUGCCCGCACUGACCUGAAGAAGAACAGGGAUUAUCCUCUGGCCUCCAAGGAUUCCCACAAGCAGCUGCUGUGCGGGGCGGCCGUGGGCACCCGUGAGGAUGACAAGUACCGCUUGGACCUGCUCACCCAGGCAGGCGCCGAUGUCAUUGUGCUGGACUCCUCCCAAGGGAACUCUGUGUAUCAGAUCGCCAUGGUGCACUACAUCAAGCAGAAGUACCCCCAGCUCCAGGUGAUUGGGGGGAAUGUGGUGACAGCAGCUCAGGCCAAGAACUUGAUCGAUGCUGGUGUGGACGGGCUGCGUGUGGGGAUGGGCUGUGGCUCCAUCUGCAUCACCCAAGAAGUGAUGGCCUGCGGUCGGCCCCAGGGCACUGCUGUGUACAAGGUGGCCGAGUAUGCCCGGCGCUUUGGGGUGCCGGUCAUCGCUGAUGGUGGCAUCCAGACCGUGGGUCAUGUGGUCAAAGCCCUGGCCCUUGGAGCCUCCACAGUGAUGAUGGGCUCCCUGCUCGCCGCCACCACGGAGGCCCCUGGCGAGUACUUCUUCUCGGAUGGGGUGAGGCUCAAGAAAUACCGGGGCAUGGGCUCGUUGGAUGCCAUGGAGAAGAGCAGCAGCAGCCAGAAACGAUACUUCAGUGAGGGGGACAAGGUGAAGAUCGCACAGGGGGUCUCAGGCUCCAUCCAGGACAAAGGCUCCAUUCAGAAGUUCGUGCCCUACCUCAUAGCAGGUAUCCAGCACGGCUGCCAGGAUAUCGGUGCCCGUAGCCUGUCAGUCCUGCGGUCCAUGAUGUAUUCAGGGGAGCUCAAGUUUGAGAAGCGGACCAUGUCGGCUCAGAUCGAGGGUGGCGUCCAUGGCCUGCACUCUUACGAGAAGCGGCUGUACUGAGGACGGUGGUGGAAGCCGGGGCAGUGGAGGGGGUGCACCCCAGGAUGCCCCUUUGAGCACAGCCUCCCUCCAUAACUGAGUGGUCCAUAGAUUUGCACUACGGAUUCCCCAGCUCCUUUCCAGGGAGAGAGGAGGGGAGCCCCUGAGGGUCUGCGGCCCCUCCUGGCCCUCCCCUGCAGAGUCAGGACUGUUCCUGGGGCUCGGAUGCCCUGGGAGCCCCCCGGACCCCCCCUCCUCCAGUCCCCCUGAGCCUAGCCAGCCUGGGCUCUCAGGCCCUGUGCCUGCCUCAGGUCUUUCUCGCUGCAGCCUGCUCCGGCCUGGCUCCCACCCCUGGGGCAGGUGGCCCCUCCUGGCUUCUGUAGGGCACCUCCCUCCCCACUCCCCACCCCAGAAAUGGUGCUCUCCUGGCCCUGCCUCUGGCCCCUUCCUGGGCUGCUGCCCGCUCAGCCAUGUGGCACUUCUGGGCUCCUGACCUAGGCCAGAGGGAGGUCUCUGCCCCCUUCCCCUGGCCCUAGGCUCCCCAGGCCCUGCUCCUCAGGCCACUCCCCCUGUUCCUGGCCCUGGGGAGGAGGCUGCCCGUCAUUCCUGGCUCCCCGCCAUCCCCAGGUGUACCGUUCCUGCCCUCUCCUCUCAGCUGCAGUCGGAGGCUUUAACUUUGCACACUUUGGGGUCACAGUUGCGUCAUUGUAUAUUAAAUAACCUGAAUAAAUCAAGAGGUCUCAAUA